AUGAAAGGGAAGCUGUGGAUGCUGCCACUCGCCUAUCUUCUGGCCUCCUCCGAGGGCUCUUUCGACUCUUGCGAGUUUAUGCUGGAAAACGAGGUGCCCUUCACACUGGCCUGCAAGGCCGAGUACAGCACCGACCUCAAGCUGAACUACCGAGACAUUUGGGUCAAGGCCGACAUGCCCUACUUUCUUUGGUGGAGGCGACAGCCGAGUCUGGAGUUGCUGGUCUCCUUCUACGAGUCCCCCAUAUCAACCUGCAAGAACGUUAGCCUGAGCCUCAACUGUCUUCACUGCUCAGACUCCGAAGAGCCCGGCAUCCACAUCCGACCCGAGGGCUUCCAUUGCUUCGACUUCUCGUUCUCCUAUGUGCGGGAGCUGAUGAAGCACUGUGGCCUGCCUCCCGAGCCGAGGAUCGAUCGCGUGGCCAUUCACUACGCCAGGCGGGUCCCCAAUCGAGACAUUCCCUCCGAGGCCCACCGAGCUCUUCCUUGGACCCUCAGAUGGUAAGGUGCGAAUCGCAGGGCGGGGGCAACGAGAGAAACUUCUGUCAAG